AUGACUGAAAGUGCUGAGCUAUGCCGAAAACGGGAACACUCACCAGUUGUUCAUCAAGAGGAACAAUUGCAAGUGGGCCACCCCAACGGAGCCCGGGGCGCGGUCUCUGAGGGCCCCUCCCGGGCGACCGCAGCCUCUCGUCCCGACCCCGCGCCGGCCGCCCACGCGCUGCAGCUGCCCUCGGCGGCGGCAGAGCAGUCGCGGCCAGGGGACAGGCAGCAUUUUGCAACCCUGGCUGCUCUCGCGCACGCUGCGCGGACCAUAGCCGUGGGCGAGCCGCAGCGUGCUCGGGUCCCAGCACCGCGUGAAGGUCGGCCGUUCGGCCCCCGGCCCUGCCACCCCGCCGGCCAUGGCCCACGGCUGCCCGCCGAGCGGUCAAGGACGACCGGACGGCCGGCCCGGGAAGUGCGCAGGGCCGGCCCGCGGCAGCUCCUCCCCGGCUGCGCCUUCCUGGUCGCACCGUCCGCGGCCCGGGGGCGGCGCCUCGCGGGGCGGCCCGCUCGCCCGGGCGCACUGACUCGCGGAGUUUCACUUCUGUCCCGCCUGUCCGCGCCGGGGCUGGGGACUCGAAUGACCGCUUUUGUUGUCUUGAACAAACUCCCGGUGGAGCCCGCGGAAAGGCCUCACAGACCUACAAGGGAAAGUUCUCGUCAAUUUGUCACGGAAAUGCCGGUGGAGAAGCAACGAGGGUUUUGGGGUUUGUUUGGGUUUUUUUCCUGCUCCGCACAGAGCCUGGGACUUCGGCCACCGAGGUGCAGCCGUGCGGCGACGGCCCUUUGCAAGGAGACUUGGGCUUCGCGUGCGGCGUCCCACUGGGCGUGCGCUCCGCAUUCUGAGAACGCGGCUGAGUUGAGGAAAAAGAAAACCGUCGGGAUCCACAGGACUGCGCACUGUCAGAACCAGGAAGCUCCUAGGCCAACUGAGCUAGAGCGCCCCCUGGGCUCCUCCUUCCCAGCUGUGGCCGGAGCGCUGGGGGCCGAGAGGCCGUGUCUCGGGUCGCCAUUGCAUCACGCGGGCAGCCGGCAGACAAAACGCGGGCGGGACGGGGUAGGGCCCCGAAAUCCCGCCCAGGUACUCGAGGGCGCGCGGGGGCUGAGGAGUGAGAUUAUGGCUCACGAGAGAUCACAGGUGUCGGGCCCGCUACGCGGGAUGGGGUGCAAGGAGACCAGGUACUGGGAUACCCAGGGGAGGUGCCCGGAGUUCCAUAAUCAGCCCGAGAUUGGCUGCGACCUUGGCAGAAAUCCUGCAGUUGGGAGAAAAAGCAUGUCGCCAUGUAAUCAUCAAGUGUAAUGCAGGUCCUGGAAUCUUGACUAAGGCAUUACUUGAAACUGGUGCCUCAGUGAUUGUGCUUGAAAGUCACAGAAAGUUUAUUCCACAUUUGAAGUCCUUAGUCCAUUUGAAGCUGAAUGGAAAACUAGAAAUGAUCCAUUGUGACUUUUUAAAAAUGAAUCCUAGCAAUCAUAAUUCAGUGCUUUCACAAGGGAAUUUUCCGAGUUUGGGAAUAAAAGCAAAU